CUAUGGCCAUUCUGGGUGGCGGUGCACUCAGGGAGUUGAUGAUACGAAAUCUGCGUCCUGGUUGCGAUGGAGUAUGCAGUUACUUAGCAAGAUUCCAUGGCUCUGGCAUCUCUGUUCACUUUCGUCACUCAUAGAUAUUGCUGCGGUGUCGGCAUUGCGACAGCAUCUGAAUCAGGGCCCCUGUCACUCUCCCCAUUCCUGAGGGGUGGGAGCUACUACAGGGGCAAGAAGAGCACUUACCUUUACAGUAUUCCACCUACUGUCAGUUCUGCACGGGAUUCAUACUGCCUGUAGAUGCUUGCACAUAAACUCCAGAAAGAACAACACUCGGGCCAUAAUUAAAAUAAAUGGUGCAUUAAAAAUUGUGACACAAGGUGGCACUGUUGCAUUACAGAUAACUUGAAUAGCAUUUUGGUCAAUAAUAACUUCCAUUGGAAGAACAGAAUUUGGUUAUGCUGAUCACAGGACAAACCCACUUUUCAGAUUUAAAAGACCCCGACAUGUCACAUUCCGCUUUUUCAUGAAUGGAAGCUAUUACUGACAACAAUGGAGGACACAUCAAACAAUCGUAAUGCUAUUCAAGUGAUUUAUCCUACUACCUUAUUAUAUCGCUGCUAGAAAUUUGUCAGUAUAAAUAUAUCUGGAACAAUUGGUAACCCUGGUAAACGAAGGCAUCACCAAUCUCCCCCAGAGACUUUGCUCCCACGGGUACAGACCAUGGAUCCCCCUCUUACUGCUCCACAUGAUAUUCAUAUCAGUGAUAUAACAUGCGACUCAUUUCGUGUAUCCUGGGAGAUGCCACCCUAUGACACCAGGCGGGUGACCCACUACUUCAUAGACCUGAACAAGAAAGGCUGUCAGAAGGAGAACAAGUUCAAGCACCGAGAUGUGCCGACCAAACUGGUGGCGAAGGCGGUGGUCCUGCCUAUGACGGUGCGUGGUCACUGGUUCCUGAGUCCCCGGACCGAGUACACGUUGGCUGUGCAGACUGCAGUGAAGCGCAGUGACGGGGAGUACAGCGUUUCCGGCUGGAGCGAAACUCUCCACUUCUGUACAGGGGACUACGCAGUGGAGCAGGUGAGGCAGCUGCAGGAGAAGGCAGAAGGAAUCGCAGGACGUAUGUUAUCAUUCCACGUCUUCUACAGGAACCAGACUGCGGAAUACUUCCAGCAUGCCAGGGACAAAUGGGGAAGUCUCAUGCUCCCAUCCUUAAAAGACCAGAGCGGGAGCCACGGAUCACCAGUCAGUGGCACACUCCAUGGCGUCUUCUUUAGCUGCAACACAGAGUUCAACACUGGCUUGCCCCCGAAUGACUCGCCCUAUGGGAGAUGGAGGUUGACUGUGCCAGCUGGGAAUCUGUUUAAUGAAGGCACACAUCUUUACUUUGCUGACUUCUAUUGCAUGUACAGUGCCUACCACUAUAUUGUCCUGGUGCUGGCCCCACGAGGCUCACAAGGAGAUGCCUUCUGCAGUGCUCGUUUGCCACUGCUGGACCCUCAGAAUAACCCUUUUCUGACCCGGGGUGAGCAGGGCAGUUACUGGCAUGCACAAGAUCUUAUAUUAGAGAUACUCUACACUGAACCAGUUCCCCUGGGCUUAGGGCAACUGUCAGAGAUCAGAGGGCAUCAGCUGAUGAGUCUCUCUACAGCUAAUGCCAAGAAGGAUCCCAGCUGCAAGGUGUGCAACAUCAGUGGGGGGCGCUAGGGAGGCAUAGUUUGUCAGUCAUGUUUGUUAAAUAAAAAGGAUGUUGUUGUGUGGCUUAUGGUGUUGAAAGUGUGAUUAGUGCAUUUCCAAAACCAGUCCCCACAGAACACCCAGUCUACCGGGCUCUACUUACAGGCAGAACAGACAUCUGAGUGAUGGAAAGAGGAUGGACAGACAGCACAGCGAUUGUUUAGUUGUGUUGAGAGAUUUUCCAGCAGUUUACAGUGGGCAUUGUAGGGUCUCGGUUCUCAAACUAUUAACUGGUGAGACCAUGACGCCUGGCUGAUGCGCCAAGAUGUUCUCCAGUACAGGAAACCCAUAAUUAGGGCUCUCAGAAAAAGGCCUUGUUUCCUAGAGAAGCUAUGGCUUGUGGUAAGGUGGGUGGCUAGGAGAGGACAGUGAUUGCAGCGAUUUGUACAUGCCGGCAGUGUAUCUGAGAAGUAUUUAUAGAAGUGGGAAUCCAGGUCCACUCCGCGCUGUAGACGCGUUGGGUAAAGCAUGGUUAUUAAUAGUCCCCAGAUACAGCCCACCUACCGCACACAAACUCCCAUUCUCAGACAUGUACUGCUGUGUUGUAUACACUGGUUUAUAACAAUAUGUUCUACUAAGGUUGUUGUUUAUAUCACCAUGUUAAAGUGGUACAGUUUUGAAAACCUGUUCAUAAAUACAAUAUAUAACCAAA